CGUCCUUAUGGCUAACGCGAGGCGGCGGCUAGGCACCGCCAUUUUGGCCGAUGGCCGCAGGAACACGCUCCCUGGCUGAGACGUGAAGGCAAAAGCUGUCUUGGCCUGUGCACUCCCCACCACAAGGGGAUCGCUUUCUCCAGGCACUGGUCCAGUCACUGGAACAAACAAAAAUCCCUUUCCUCUUGAUGAUGGAGUACAUUCUAUUUGGAGAGGAGAAAAAUGCAUGUGGAGAGAGAGGGAGAAUAUAGAGAGAACCACAUAUGCAUUUAUACAAUACAUAUACACUAGAAGAGCUGGAUAUUCUUACUUUGUUACAAUUAUGGCAGACAAAUUAACAAGAAUUGCUAUUGUUAACCAUGACAAGUGUAAACCUAAGAAAUGUCGACAGGAGUGCAAAAAAAGUUGUCCUGUGGUUCGAAUGGGAAAAUUAUGCAUAGAGGUUACUCCCCAGAGCAAAAUAGCAUGGAUUUCUGAAACUCUUUGUAUUGGUUGUGGUAUUUGUAUUAAGAAAUGCCCCUUUGGCGCCUUAUCAAUUGUCAACUUACCAAGCAACUUGGAAAAAGAAACAACACAUCGAUAUUGUGCCAAUGCCUUCAAACUUCACAGGUUGCCUAUUCCUCGCCCAGGUGAAGUUUUGGGAUUAGUUGGAACUAAUGGUAUUGGAAAGUCGACUGCUUUAAAAAUUUUAGCAGGAAAGCAAAAGCCAAACCUUGGAAAGUAUGAUGAUCCUCCUGACUGGCAGGAGAUACUGACAUAUUUCCGGGGAUCUGAAUUACAAAAUUACUUUACCAAAAUUCUAGAAGAUGACCUAAAGGCCAUUAUCAAACCUCAGUAUGUAGACCAGAUUCCCAAGGCUGCAAAGGGGACAGUGGGGUCUAUUUUGGACCGAAAGGAUGAAACAAAGACACAGGCAAUUGUAUGUCAACAACUCGAUUUAACCCACCUAAAAGAACGAAAUGUUGAAGAUCUUUCAGGAGGAGAGUUGCAGAGAUUUGCUUGUGCUGUCGUUUGCAUACAGAAAGCUGAUAUUUUCAUGUUUGAUGAGCCUUCUAGUUACCUAGAUGUCAAGCAGCGUUUAAAGGCUGCUAUUACUAUCCGAUCUUUAAUAAAUCCAGAUAGAUAUAUCAUUGUGGUGGAGCAUGACCUAAGUGUAUUAGACUAUCUCUCUGACUUCAUCUGCUGUUUAUAUGGUGUACCGAGUGCUUAUGGUGUUGUCACUAUGCCUUUUAGUGUAAGAGAAGGCAUAAACAUUUUUUUGGAUGGCUAUGUGCCAACAGAAAACUUGAGAUUCCGAGAUGCAUCGCUUGUUUUUAAAGUGGCUGAGACAGCAAAUGAAGAAGAAGUUAAAAAGAUGUGUAUGUAUAAAUAUCCGGGUAUGAAGAAAAAGAUGGGAGAGUUUGAGCUAGCAAUUGUAGCUGGAGAGUUCACAGAUUCUGAAAUCAUGGUGAUGCUGGGGGAAAAUGGUACAGGUAAAACGACCUUUAUCAGAAUGCUUGCUGGAAGACUUAAACCUGAUGAAGGAGGAGAAGUGCCAGUUCUAAAUGUCAGUUAUAAGCCACAGAAAAUCAGUCCCAAAUCAACUGGAAGUGUUCGCCAGUUGUUACAUGAAAAGAUAAGAGAUGCUUACACUCAUCCGCAAUUUGUGACUGAUGUGAUGAAGCCUCUGCAGAUUGAAAACAUCAUUGAUCAAGAGGUGCAGACAUUAUCUGGUGGUGAACUGCAGCGAGUGGCUUUAGCUCUUUGUUUGGGCAAACCUGCUGAUGUCUAUUUAAUUGAUGAACCAUCUGCAUAUUUGGAUUCUGAGCAGAGACUGAUGGCAGCUCGUGUUGUCAAACGUUUCAUACUCCAUGCAAAGAAGACAGCCUUUGUUGUGGAGCAUGACUUUAUCAUGGCCACCUAUCUAGCAGAUCGAGUCAUCGUUUUUGAUGGGAUUCCAUCUAAGAACACAGUUGCAAACAGUCCUCAAACACUUUUGGCUGGCAUGAACAAAUUUUUGUCUCAGCUGGAAAUUACAUUCAGAAGAGAUCCAAACAACUAUAGACCACGAAUAAAUAAACUCAAUUCAAUUAAGGAUGUAGAGCAAAAGAAGAGUGGAAACUACUUUUUCUUGGAUGAUUAGACUGAAUCUGAGAAUAUUAAUAAGCCAUUUAUUAAAAGAAACAUUUACUGGGAUUUUUGUCAUAUAUGACUAAUCAGGUUUUAUGGCCCCACAUACUCUGGAGCUUGAAGAAUGAUUUUUUUUAAUGUAACAUCCAAAGCCAGGUAUAUUGUAAAUUGUAGUCUGAGCACAAAAAAUGGAACUUUGCUGUUCUGAAAUGAUAAGGCCCUUUUUGUGCUUAAUAUUCUAAAAUGAAGACAUUUCAAACUAUACAAAUUACCUCCAAGUUUUCAUGAUAAAUGGAAGAUUUUCAGUAGGUGUAUUAUAUUCGUGUACCAAAUACUGACCAGUGUUGCCCCAUUUUAAAAAUCUUGACAAGAUUUCUGUACUUAUCUGGUUUGCCAAGUAUGCCAGUAUAAUGAAACUGCCCUAUUUUAAAAGCCAGUCAAAGACUACACUGAUGAUAUUUGAUAAAUAAACUUCAGGACUAUA